AUGAAAGAAACUUAUAAAGAGAAAUUAAAAAUUUUUAAAAAAUAGAAAAUAAAAAUAGCAACAAAAAGAGGAAGAAAGAUAGAAAAGGAGACAAAAGAGCUAAAUAACUCUUUUAGCUUUUCUAAAAAUAAAGAGAAGUUUUUAAGGUUGAAAAAUUAAAAAGGCUUUUACUUAACGAAUAUUAUAUUAAGUAAUUUGAAUUUAUCCCAAGACCUCUUUUAACUCUAGAUGAAUAAAAACCAAAUAACUUAUCAGAUAAAAUUGGGUUUAAAGAUGACUUUGAAAAUAAUAUAAAGCCAAAAACAAGCUAAGUCUUAGAGGCUUUCUAGAAAUUAAUAAACACAAAAACAAAACCUUCUAAAAUAGACAAAAAAAGACUUCAUAUUAGAUGAUUCAUAAGUACCAAUUGAAGAAUGUAGUUUUCAAUAAAAAUAAUAAUAUGUAAAUUUUACUCCAAGUAAAACAAUUGGUAGUAUAUAUUCAAGUUAAAAAAAAGAAGAUUUAUCUAUCAUGUACCCAAUUUCAUCAAUAAUUCAUAAUGUUUUAUUUUUUUAAAACUAUUUAAUAUAUAGCACAAUUCAUUAAUUCGGAAACCUUUGUAAAUAAAUUGAAUUUAAUUGA